GAAAUAAAGAAAAAUUGUUUUCACUUCCCCGUGUGUUCAAAAAUCCACCUUACUGCUCAGGGCGCCUCUUUUUGUGGUAAAACCGUAUCUCGGCGUAAUCAAAGGGCGGCGUAUUCGUCAAAAUGUUUCAGUUCAACGGGUUCAAUAUGAUGUUUCCGGAUCACACGCGUCCUUUCAACACCACCUACAAGUGCUACUCGGUGUCGAUGCUGCCGGGCAACGAGCGCCAGGAUGUGGAGAACGGUGGCAAAAUCAUUAUGCCACCGUCGGCGCUCGAUCAGCUCACGCGGCUGAACGUGGUGUAUCCGAUGCUGUUCAAGCUUACGAACGGCAAGAUCAAUCGCAGCACGCACGCCGGCGUGCUAGAGUUCGUGGCGGACGAAGGAAAAAUCUACAUUCCCUACUGGAUGAUGCACAACCUGCUGCUGGAGGAGGGCGAUAUUGUGGAGAUCGAAAGCGUGUCCAUUCCGGUGGCGACGUACAGCAAGUUUGAGCCACAAAGUGUCGAGUUUCUGGACAUCACCAACCCGAAAGCGGUGCUCGAGAACUGCCUGCGGAACUUUGCCUGCCUGACGACCGGUGACUUGAUUGCGAUCAAGUACAACAACACAACGUACGAGCUGUCGGUGCUGGAAACGAAACCGGGCCCGGCCGUCACGAUCAUCGAGUGUGACAUGAACGUAGAGUUUGCGCCCCCGGUCGGGUACAAGGAGCCGGUGCGGAAAGAGAAGGAGGAAGAACCGAUGACGAUCGAUCCGACCGAGCUGAUGCCGGAGCCGACCGGGUUCGUCGCGUUCAAGGGCGAAGGCACGAGGCUGGAUGGGAAGAAGAAAAAGGACAACUGUGCGAGCGAUGCGGUGCCGGUGCAGCGACAGAACUACGUCCGCGGUAUCCCCGAUUACGAUCAUCCGUUUGGGUUGCUACGCUUCGAUCGUAGCGUGCGGAAAGCGGAACUGAGCGAACCCAAACCGGACGAGGAUCAGUUCCGAGAGUUCCAGGGCGAAGGGUUUAGUCUUAAGAAAAGCCGCAAGUAGUCGCCGCUACUGACUCUUGGCCCCGGUUCCGGGGACGAUCCUUGUGAUUCAAUCUUACGCGUAGAAACGGAUGAAUGUCCACUCAUGUGUGCUCGUGUGUUUAUGUGUGUUACGAAACUUAUAUUUCCGUCUCUUCACCACACUAUCGUAGGAAUUCUAUGGUAGAUAAAAUUACGAACCAAAAUGC